GUUGUGGUAAGAUCCAAGUAGCCAUUGUGUAAGCCGUUCUUUGUUCUUCUUCAAUCAAAAUUCUGCAUUGCCUGAUUCUUAGUAUGGAUUGUCCACAUACAACACAAACACUGAUGUCCUAUGUGUCUUCUCGGCAUAUUAUCAGAAGAACUUGAAUGACUAGCUAGCUGCCAGCAUUCAUGGUAAACAUGGUCAUCUGGUGUAAUCUAGAAAUAAUUAAAUGAUUUUGAGUAUGGCUCACCAUUAAACAAAAUAAUAGGUACUAAUAAAUUAUAACAGUGUUAUGCAAACCAAGUAAGGCAAGUAAAUAAUACAUGUUACUGAUUACUUAUGUGUUUAUUUAGUGUGAUAUCACACGUAAAAGUUAUUGAAGUUCGUAACUAUGGCCCAUUCGUACACACAAUGUUAUGUGGAAACUACUUACAUCUCUAAGAUAUGUCCACAGACGAAUAGUGUUGACGAUAUCUUCACCGUCAUUGGAUAAAGCGUGUCUUCUUCUUCGGGACAAGCGAACAUAGCAAUUGAUGCAUUGCAAACUCGUCAUUUUCAAUAAAACACGUACACACAACACAAUUAAUAAAGCGUCCUUUCGCGAAAGUAGUAUCAACAGAUAGAGAACGGAGAAGCAGUUGCUCAACUCAACGUAAAAAUGGCCAGAUAAUUGCUAAAUUGUUUAGAUGAAGUUACAAACUACAAUCCAAAACAAAACAACGGCAAAAAACUGGACAGACUUUGAAAGAUUAGGGAUAUUACAAACCUGUCAAUAAAUAAUUGCCAUUACAAAAAAAAAUAUUGAUGGCAAAAAUAAUUCCUAUAAAUAUAAAGAUUCUAUGCAUAUAUAUGCAUUAAUUAUAUAUUCUAAGGUAUAACCUGUAAUUGGUUAAUUAUAUUUACUAUUAUUUCUAUUUCAAAAUAUUUAUUUAUCAUUUCGAGCCUUCUGAUAUUUUAUUAAUGGCAACUAACUAAACAUGUCUUUUACGUUUCGUUUCAUUAUAUUACGUUUCGUUACUAAAAUCUUUUAAUUGAUAUAUUUGCUAAACCCCAGCUUCUAAAAAUUUUAUUUUCACAGAAAAAUGAAUGGUUUAGUUGCCUCAAUAAGUGGUACAAAUUUUAUCAGGGAACACCAAAAAAAGUAUGCUGUACGAAUUCUGCCAUUCUCCUUUGUUCAAGAAAAAAUAAUUGCCAAUAAUAUUUGCACAAAAGAAUCGAUUGUACCAUCGGUGACAUCGGUUUUGAUAUAUACAAACCAGAAAAUUACUUUGAGAAUGGAAAACUCUACAUCUAAUCCAUCCUAUGGGGAAUCUAAUAAAGCUGAGAUGAAAGCUCUGUUUGGGUUGUUGUUCUUGGCAGGUUUGUUUAGAUCUGGCCGGCAAAGUCUUAUAGACUUAUGAAGUAAUGAUGGCACAGGAAUUGAAGUGUUUAGAAAUACUAUGUCGAGAGUUAGUUUUUGGGUUACCUGAUUGCAGACCCCCUAAGCUCAACCGCUAUGGAAACUUUACCGCAACAUAAUGCUUCUGGAUCGACACGUGGGAAACCACGUCAGUCGCGUGGACGCCGCCUAUACCAACGAGGCAGAGUCGCAACAAUGCGCCAAGAAAAGGGUGCAGUGACUAUGUCUAAUCUACAAGAGGAGAUUAGAAAAAAGAUGUUCGUCGGAACGUCGGAGAAUGAUGCUUUAGCUCGCUUGAGUGAGCAACAGACCCUAAAAGCUAUCACCCUAUCUAUAACAACUCGUGGAAUUGGAUUAGGAAUUUGUCAUCUAACUUUUAUCUCAAUUUCUUAUCAUGAAAAUAUACAUGUUCCAUCUUGCUAUUCUAUGUACAGAGUUUUUCUUGGUCUUCUUGAGGCUAAAUUAGAGGCCAUCAAAUCAGACCUUCCUGUUGUGCCACGUCUGGUAGAACACAUGAAACAACCUGGUGUAAACAGCGAUAUGCUGAGGGCUGCUCAGUCCGUCACGAUUGUCCCGGAGCCAAUCCGUCGCAUUAUAAACGCUGUAGGAUAUGUGAAGUUUGAGGAGAAAGUAUACGUUCCCGCCGUCGCCGCUGAUCCCGUUGAGACAGAGAUUUUCAUUUUUGAUAAAUAACUUGAGAUUUGAUGAUUCGUCAACUCGUACAGCAAGAGCAACUAUUGAUCGUUUGGCGCCAAUUCGAGAUGUUUUUGACAUAUUCGUGAAAAACUGUCAGAAUGCCUAUACGCCUCAUGAAUACUUGACCAUAGACGAAGAACUCGUGGCGUUUAGAAGAAGAUGUAUCUUUCGUCAAUACAUACCCUCGAAACCGGCUAAGUAUGGGUUGAAAAUCUACGCUCUAGUGGAUGCUAAAACAUUUUACACAAUGAACUUGGAAAAUUAUUGUGGAAAACAGCCUGACAACAGUCCUUAUACAUUGAGUAAUAAGCCAUUUGAUGUUGUUGAUCGUUUGGUAAGAUGCGUGUCUGGAUCAGGAAGAAAACUCACCAUGGAUAAUUUUUUAUGAGUUAUGAAACUGCUGAAAAUUUGCUCAAAAACCACAAACUUCAACAAGACAUGCCUUCCACCUCAGUUCAAGGCUAGACGUGAAGAAAAUUCAUCUGUGUUUGGAUUUCAAAAAGACAUAACUAUUGUAUCUUACAUACCAAGGCUACGAAAAUGUGUACACAUGAUGUCCUCAUUACAUCAUGAUGAUGAGGUGGAUCCAGAACGCGGAGACAAAAGAAAGCCGUCUAUUAUAACGUUUUACAACUCGACAAAGAGCGGAGUUGAUGUUGUCGAUAAACUUGCAAGAACAUACGAUGUUACCCGCAACUGCAAACGCUGGCCUCUUACCGUAUUUUUUCCAUGUUGAACCAUGCUGGUAUAAAUGCUUUUAUUGUGUAUAUGUUGAAUAACAGCAUUGAAAGGAAGAAAACUAAUCUUAGAAGAACUUCAUCAAGCAAUUGGGACUUUCUUUGCUCGAAGACCGCAUUAGGAAAAGGAAAGACAAUCCACAUAUACCAGGAGAUAUAAGAAGACGCGUGCAUGAAAUGUUGCAUGAAGAAGUUCCAGGACCACCACAAAAGCAACCAAGAAGGUCUCAGAGAUGUUCUUUCUGUCCAGGAAACAAAGAUAGGAAGACUAUAAACGGUUGUUUCAAAUGUAAUGCCGCGAUGUGUAAGGAACAUGAGAAUUUGAUGUGUCAAAAUUGUACUGAUUUAGAUAACGAAUGAUCUCCCUUAAUAGCGAUUUUUAGGGGUGCUGAUACCAGUCCCGAGAAGUCGGACCAAAACAUUAUGGAUUUCGAUGGAAUUAAUCUUACUGGCGGAAAUCGCCACCUAAUCGAGGAGCAUCGCGUCCACCAAGGAGAGGACGUGGCCAAACUCGCUCCCGGCAGGGGUAUCAAACGGCUAGAGUUGAAAAUAAACGUAAAAUUGAAGGUGCUAAAACAACAAUAGGAAUCGACGCUAUGACUAAGUCGACAUUACAUCCUGGAGCAACGUCAGGUGAUGACUUGCUAGCAAAGAUUGGAGAGAACCAUAAUCUUAAGUCUAUCACAUUAUCUAGCCAUAAAGUGCUAAUUGUGAUUAUUUUUAAGAAAUAUUUUUGUUGAUUUUUUAUUUUGUCUUAAGAACAUUUUGUUAAAUUCCCGGAAAGGUUAUGUGAUUUUUAAGCUUUUUUAUAAUAAAUGUUUAAUUUAAUACAUUUUUUAUUUUAUUCAUUAACUUUGUGAUGUAGUUAUAUGUAUAAAAAAACUCAUUCAAACUUAUUGCACUUGGCGCAUACAUAGAGACAAUCCCUUGUGGUAGUUAAUUUAGCCCCACGUUGUAUGGGUGAGGAUUUUUUUUCACCUUGUAUGCCGAAGGUUAAAAUAAACUGAAUGACAAUUUACGUAUACGUGCACGAUUAUGCCUAGAACGAAACGGACUUCAUUUUGAACAAUUAUUAAAGUACAGUGAUUAGUGAUAGUGGAAAGGACACAAUUUUAAUCUGUGAGUAAAACAAUCUUGAUCGAAUAUCAUUGUAAAUACUUAGUUGAUUCCAAUUUUUUAAAUACGCCUUAAUGCACAAAGUAGGUAAGCAUGCUUAAUAUCUAUCGUAUUUUUUACAACGGCCGCACGGCGCGCGUCACUCUCAUUGAUAGCCGAGCGUACGACUAUAAAUCAUGUUUAGCAUUGGAUACCUUUCAUCGGUCAUAACUUUAGUUUUUUGUACUGAACGUAACAAAAAGAAGAUAUACGUGCUUGUUAAAUUUGCUUAAUGAAUAACAUUAAAAUUUUGCCACACCUAAAAAAAAAAAUCCUGUAUUAAACUGAACAUAGCGACAUCUAUAAUUUAAACUUAAGACCAAAAAGUAUCUGUUUUACCGACCGAGUUGUCAACGCCAUAUAAUAAGGUCACCUCCGGCGAAACGCCGCUCUGAAAUGGAUAGCAUCACAGAGCGGUUCAUUGCAAUCGAAGAACGCCAAGCAGACGCAGAACUUUACGCAUUGCUCGAGCGAUCAAUCAACAAGCACAGAACAGCCAAGCUACUGUUAAGGUUAUAGGUCAAGUCGGUCAAGCUAUGGUUCAGGCGCUGGAUAAAUUAGGUAGUGCUAUUAGAGAUUUAGUUGGGCAGAAAGCCCGCCAGGCUGAUCACCUCGCCUGGUCGGAGGAUCCUCCUUUUCUUAGGGAACUUUACUCUCUGUUCUCUAAAAUAUUAUUAACUGUGUAGCACAUGCGUUCGGCGACCAUAGAAUGUGCCAUAAAUAAUCUUGCACUAAACAUAGAAAUGACAACAAAGAUUCCGCUGCAAUCAGCGCAGUAGCCAAUAAUAUUUGGCUAUGAUUAUUAGCAAAACAACGAUACAAUCAAUAUUAGCUCAACAUGAUUUCUCUGAACCUGUCGGCAGUCAUUGUCAUCCUAAGCCUCAAAGUUGUGAUCGGGUCCAACCCCUUUUCUUAUCCGAAUGGUAUCUUAACCAACACCACUACACAUGACCAUCCAUUAUCAGAUUUCUACAUAUUUUAUGAGAAUAGUUCUCUUACUUAUACCCCGUUUCCGGUAGCUCCAGACUGUUCUAGCAUUCUUGAUACAAGGGAUGAACAGUAUCCAACCACUGUCACACUAUGGAAAGUUGAUCAGGAAUCCCAAUCUGAGUGGGGAUUACUUCUGUGGCAAGAACGAAUCGACACUACCUGCUCUUGGAAUUUUUGGGGAACAUAUAAAGGAUCUAUCGUGGCCAGGUCUUCGAUACCAUUAAGAGAUAUCCCUUCCAAUGAGACUCAAAGCAAGUACUGGGCUCUAGGUAACGAUGAGAUUCAUGAACUUGAUGAUGUCCCAUACAAUCUGAGGUACUACUGUUGUUGGUGUAGGAAUGAGUAUCCAGGGAGCUUCUACAUGAGGUAUAUCAAAAAAGUCAGGAUCAUAAGAAACCCGGAUGGAUCUAUAAAGACCCCCAGAGGAUCCUGGGUUCAUGAAUUGGAUAACCUGUGGGGGGAUCAAAUGAGAUACUUAGUUGUUAGGAGGUUUGGUGGGGAUUCCAAUUGUCCAUUGAAGAUUUAUGAUGUCAAGGCUGGUGUUCUAUCGAAAUCUCGCUCAGAUUUCAUCUUGGUAUCUCUUCCAUCCCUAAAUCUACAGUUUUCCGUGUCCUUGAAAUCAGCAGAAACAAAAUGUUCAUUUGGGGAUAAAACCUAUGACAUUGUACAAAGUAUGGGAGGUUACCUUCUUUCUAUUGAUGUUGGUAAUGCAAACUGGCGAGGUCCUUGGGAGGCCUCUCCCCAUACCUCCAAUCGUAAAAGUAGGUCAAUCACAGAUUUUCCUGAUCAGACCUCCUAUAGGUACAGUAAAUUUGUGAAUUCCCAAUCACUGUCAAGAAGUAGGAGACACAAUCAGGAGUUUGAAUUUCCCCUCAGCCUGAAGUCAAGUUAUGACUAUGCCCAAUUCAGGUAUGAGCAAAACUUUAUUAUCCGGCUCGAAGGACCACUUGUUCACGUCCCAAAAAUAUCUCGUGAGAAAUAAAACAAUCGUGUCCAGAGUAAGACAAUUUAUUGCAUAAAACACUGCUCAGGUCAUAUAUUGACGGAGAAUCUUAACACCGCGAUGUACAAUAUGACGUCACGGCACAGUGUCAUCUAUUAUUUAAUAAAGGUACUAAACUAAGAACAUUGACAGUUGACAUUGACUUUUGUCAUAGUAAAUAAAUAAGUAAUGUAAACAGAAUAGACAAAGGUAUAACCUGUAAUUGGUUAAUUAUAUUUACUAUUAUUUCUAUUUCAAAAUAUUUAUUUAUCAUUUCGAGCCUUCUGAUAUUUUAUUAAUGGCAACUAACUAAACAUGUCUUUUACGUUUCGUUUCAUUAUAUUACGUUUCGUUACUAGAAUCUUUUAAUUGAUAUAUUUGCUAAACCCCAGCUUCUAAAAAUUUUAUUUUCACAGAAAAAUGAAUGGUUUAGUUGCCUCAAUAAGUGGUACAAAUUUUAUCAGGGAACACCAAAAAAAGUAUGCUGUACGAAUUCUGCCAUUCUCCUUUGUUCAAGAAAAAAUAAUUGCCAAUAAUAUUUGCACAAAAGAAUCGAUUGUACCAUCGGUGACAUCGGUUUUGAUAUAUACAAACCAGAAAAUUACUUUGAGAAUGGAAAACUCUACAUCUAAUCCAUCCUAUGGGGAAUCUAAUAAAGCUGAGAUGAAAGCUCUGUUUGGGUUGUUGUUCUUGGCAGGUUUGUUUAGAUCUGGCCGGCAAAGUCUUAUAGACUUAUGAAGUAAUGAUGGCACAGGAAUUGAAGUGUUUAGAAAUACUAUGUCGAGAGUUAGUUUUUGGGUUACCUGAUUGCAGACCCCCUAAGCUCAACCGCUAUGGAAACUUUACCGCAACAUAAUGCUUCUGGAUCGACACGUGGGAAACCACGUCAGUCGCGUGGACGCCGCCUAUACCAACGAGGCAGAGUCGCAACAAUGCGCCAAGAAAAGGGUGCAGUGACUAUGUCUAAUCUACAAGAGGAGAUUAGAAAAAAGAUGUUCGUCGGAACGUCGGAGAAUGAUGCUUUAGCUCGCUUGAGUGAGCAACAGACCCUAAAAGCUAUCACCCUAUCUAUAACAACUCGUGGAAUUGGAUUAGGAAUUUGUCAUCUAACUUUUAUCUCAAUUUCUUAUCAUGAAAAUAUACAUGUUCCAUCCUGCUAUUCUAUGUACAGAGUUUUUCUUGGUCUUCUUGAGGCUAAAUUAGAGGCCAUCAAAUCAGACCUUCCUGUUGUGCCACGUCUGGUAGAACACAUGAAACAACCUGGUGUAAACAGCGAUAUGCUGAGGGCUGCUCAGUCCGUCACGAUUGUCCCGGAGCCAAUCCGUCGCAUUAUAAACGCUGUAGGAUAUGUGAAGUUUGAGGAGAAAGUAUACGUUCCCGCCGUCGCCGCUGAUCCCGUUGAGACAGAGAUUUUCAUUUUUGAUAAAUAACUUGAGAUUUGAUGAUUCGUCAACUCGUACAGCAAGAGCAACUAUUGAUCGUUUGGCGCCAAUUCGAGAUGUUUUUGACAUAUUCGUGAAAAACUGUCAGAAUGCCUAUACGCCUCAUGAAUACUUGACCAUAGACGAAGAACUCGUGGCGUUUAGAAGAAGAUGUAUCUUUCGUCAAUACAUACCCUCGAAACCGGCUAAGUAUGGGUUGAAAAUCUACGCUCUAGUGGAUGCUAAAACAUUUUACACAAUGAACUUGGAAAAUUAUUGUGGAAAACAGCCUGACAACAGUCCUUAUACAUUGAGUAAUAAGCCAUUUGAUGUUGUUGAUCGUUUGGUAAGAUGCGUGUCUGGAUCAGGAAGAAAACUCACCAUGGAUAAUUUUUUAUGAGUUAUGAAACUGCUGAAAAUUUGCUCAAAAACCACAAACUUCAACAAGACAUGCCUUCCACCUCAGUUCAAGGCUAGACGUGAAGAAAAUUCAUCUGUGUUUGGAUUUCAAAAAGACAUAACUAUUGUAUCUUACAUACCAAGGCUACGAAAAUGUGUACACAUGAUGUCCUCAUUACAUCAUGAUGAUGAGGUGGAUCCAGAACGCGGAGACAAAAGAAAGCCGUCUAUUAUAACGUUUUACAACUCGACAAAGAGCGGAGUUGAUGUUGUCGAUAAACUUGCAAGAACAUACGAUGUUACCCGCAACUGCAAACGCUGGCCUCUUACCGUAUUUUUUCCAUGUUGAACCAUGCUGGUAUAAAUGCUUUUAUUGUGUAUAUGUUGAAUAACAGCAUUGAAAGGAAGAAAACUAAUCUUAGAAGAACUUCAUCAAGCAAUUGGGACUUUCUUUGCUCGAAGACCGCAUUAGGAAAAGGAAAGACAAUCCACAUAUACCAGGAGAUAUAAGAAGACGCGUGCAUGAAAUGUUGCAUGAAGAAGUUCCAGGACCACCACAAAAGCAACCAAGAAGGUCUCAGAGAUGUUCUUUCUGUCCAGGAAACAAAGAUAGGAAGACUAUAAACGGUUGUUUCAAAUGUAAUGCCGCGAUGUGUAAGGAACAUGAGAAUUUGAUGUGUCAAAAUUGUACUGAUUUAGAUAACGAAUGAUCUCCCUUAAUAGCGAUUUUUAGGGGUGCUGAUACCAGUCCCGAGAAGUCGGACCAAAACAUUAUGGAUUUCGAUGGAAUUAAUCUUACUGGCGGAAAUCGCCACCUAAUCGAGGAGCAUCGCGUCCACCAAGGAGAGGACGUGGCCAAACUCGCUCCCGGCAGGGGUAUCAAACGGCUAGAGUUGAAAAUAAACGUAAAAUUGAAGGUGCUAAAACAACAAUAGGAAUCGACGCUAUGACUAAGUCGACAUUACAUCCUGGAGCAACGUCAGGUGAUGACUUGCUAGCAAAGAUUGGAGAGAACCAUAAUCUUAAGUCUAUCACAUUAUCUAGCCAUAAAGUGCUAAUUGUGAUUAUUUUUAAGAAAUAUUUUUGUUGAUUUUUUAUUUUGUCUUAAGAACAUUUUGUUAAAUUCCCGGAAAGGUUAUGUGAUUUUUAAGCUUUUUUAUAAUAAAUGUUUAAUUUAAUACAUUUUUUAUUUUAUUCAUUAACUUUGUGAUGUAGUUAUAUGUAUAAAAAAACUCAUUCAAACUUAUUGCACUUGGCGCAUACAUAGAGACAAUCCCUUGUGGUAGUUAAUUUAGCCCCACGUUGUAUGGGUGAGGAUUUUUUUUCACCUUGUAUGCCGAAGGUUAAAAUAAACUGAAUGACAAUUUACGUAUACGUGCACGAUUAUGCCUAGAACGAAACGGACUUCAUUUUGAACAAUUAUUAAAGUACAGUGAUUAGUGAUAGUGGAAAGGACACAAUUUUAAUCUGUGAGUAAAACAAUCUUGAUCGAAUAUCAUUGUAAAUACUUAGUUGAUUCCAAUUUUUUAAAUACGCCUUAAUGCACAAAGUAGGUAAGCAUGCUUAAUAUCUAUCGUAUUUUUUUUACAACGGCCGCACGGCGCGCGUCACUCUCAUUGAUAGCCGAGCGUACGACUAUAAAUCAUGUUUAGCAUUGGAUACCUUUCAUCGGUCAUAACUUUAGUUUUUUGUACUGAACGUAACAAAAAGAAGAUAUACGUGCUUGUUAAAUUUGCUUAAUGAAUAACAUUAAAAUUUUGCCACACCUAAAAAAAAAUCCUGUAUUAAACUGAACAUAGCGACAUCUAUAAUUUAAACUUAAGACCAAAAAGUAUCUGUUUUACCGACCGAGUUGUCAACGCCAUAUAAUAAGGUCACCUCCGGCGAAACGCCGCUCUGAAAUGGAUAGCAUCACAGAGCGGUUCAUUGCAAUCGAAGAACGCCAAGCAGACGCAGAACUUUACGCAUUGCUCGAGCGAUCAAUCAACAAGCACAGAACAGCCAAGCUACUGUUAAGGUUAUAGGUCAAGUCGGUCAAGCUAUGGUUCAGGCGCUGGAUAAAUUAGGUAGUGCUAUUAGAGAUUUAGUUGGGCAGAAAGCCCGCCAGGCUGAUCACCUCGCCUGGUCGGAGGAUCCUCCUUUUCUUAGGGAACUUUACUCUCUGUUCUCUAAAAUAUUAUUAACUGUGUAGCACAUGCGAUCGGCGACCAUAGAAUGUGCCAUAAAUAAUCUUGCACUAAACAUAGAAAUAACAACAAAGAGAUCAAAAGGAUCCAGAAUUCCGCAAUUGUUGGCAAACGUUGCUACAAAAUCACGAAGCUUAAUCGAAGUCAUUGACACAAAACACUGUUGAGUACUUUAAUAGUGUCAUCGCGAAAUUCGUUGGUAGAAAACGAAUAUUUUUUUUUAUUGAAAGGAGUUUACCAAGGUAGGUGCUCAGCAGCUGUUCUUUCAUUUAAUUACCAAAUCCGGACUUUGAGGCGUCCAAAAAGCUAAAUAAAUAAUAUUUUAAAUAGAAGUCCUACAGGCAGGGUUAAAAUAAUUGAAAGAAGGAGAGCACAAAAACGAAAGCUUAACUUAGACCAUCCCGUAAAAAAUGUACGAAAAUUAAAAGAAGUCAAUAAGAAGCAACAUGAUUAUGGUCCAGCGAGCACAGCGCCAGAUAUGUCUCCACAUAAAUUAAAGAAAGCUGAAGAACAGUUCUUAAAUAAUUAAAAAAUGCUUACUUCUGAUAGGCAAGCUAUCGAAAGAGCUACAGUUUUGCAACGAGAUAGCAGUGAAUAGCUAGAAAUACGGAAAAAUCUAAUCACCGCAUCAAAUUUCUGGCAAAUUUGUAAAAGAAAAGUUAGUGUAAAUACUGCGCCUUUGAUGAAAAACAUAUAAUACCAAAAAAAAUUGACAUGUGUAACUUUUAAAAUUUUUAUUGGUAUAGAUUUGAAGACGUACACAUGCCAUUUGUCGAAAAAGCAAUGUCAAGAAAUCGUUUUGAUAAAAUAAAAUCUUAUAUGCAUUUCAAUGACAACUCAAGAAUUGAUAACACUGAUAAAGCUUUCAAAAUUCGUCCAUUUAGGUCAAACUGUUACGAAGCUUGGACUGAUACGACCGUAACGUCAUCGCGUCAAGCGUUAGUAGAAGGUCUGUCGACAGGCGCUAAAACCCCGACUAGAAAGGGGAAAAGACUCAUUGUCGUCUACAUCGGCAACGAAAAUGGCUUUUUGGAGGAUUGGCGAUGGAUUUUCGAAUGCAAAAAACUUCUGAUUACCAUGAAAGUAUGGAUGGUUCGCCAAAGUUUUGACGAAGCUUCAACGUUGUAGUUAUGGAUAACGCAAGCUACCAUUCCAGGUACUAACAAAGAAACAAAUUGAUAAAAUAUCCGAUUAUAGUUUACGUACUUAUACAGGAACAUUUUUUUGGCGUAACGUGACGAGUGACGAGUUCCGAAUUCAGUGUAGGUAGUGUGUGUGUUUUAUUUACGACAAAAUAAGACAAAACAAUGUCGCGAUAACCUCAAUACAAGAAUCGUGAAUACUACGAAAUGGUGCGAGUGUAUCUACUCUCCAAUGAGAGCCUUCUAGCAGCUCGAAGAGUUUAUGAAAGGGAGAGUAUUCCUCGAAUGCGAGCUCAGGGCAUACGCAAUCCCAGUACCUACUAGAAGGACUAUUUUAGCAGCGAACCAAAGGUUACUGGAUCACGGCCAGUUCACGACGCCCAAUCAUGCUCUGGUCUGGCAGACCUCGAUUGGCGGUCGACAUCGAGAACUCGAUAUUUGAGUUCUUUGAACGCGACCCACGGGUGCCCACGGGCCAGUACCUUUGACGCAGCACGUCGCUUCGGUGUGAGCCAGUCCACAGUGUGGAAGCUUCUAAAUGCAGCCGGGCUGCACCCAUAUCACUUUCAGCCGAUACAACAACUGCACGACCCCGACCCGGUACCACGUCGAGCACUAUGCGACUGGCUUCUAAGUCACCCUAAUGCCAACAUACUAUGGACGGAUGAAGCUUUAUUUACACGUGUAGGGCUGUAUAACAU